AGAAGACAGCAUUCGAGCACGUGAACCGUUUGAAAACGAACUUUUUUGCUUGCCAUCAUCAGAUGCCAUUCACUUGACUUCGCACAACAAGCGAAAUCUCGACGACGACAUGCUCAAUGGAUCUGUGAAUAUUCCUGUACACUUUAUCUGAAAAUGCUCUGAGGAUCUUUGCGCCUGGACCACCCGACUCACCUCAAUACGGCAAUAAAACUUGAUCACCAUGAAGUACGGUCACGAGUACGCGCAGCUACUGGCCAGUGAAGGAUUUCCGGAGGAAUGGAUCUCCUCCGCCAUCUCAUAUCGUCUGCUUAAAAAGUCAAUCAAGAAAGUCCAACAGGAGUUAAGCGCUCUCGGUCUGAGUGCUUCAACACUUCAGCAUUUGCACAGCGAAUUCGGAGUGGAGGCACCAGGAGACAAAACUAGCGCAAACUUCGUUCCUGAGCUAUGGGUCGCCGUUGACAGCGACAGUGGAGAGUUCUUGGAUGCCCAUCUAACCAAAGAAACAAAACAGUACUUUCUCUGGUUGGCCCAGAACAAUGGCACGCAAACACCCGAGGGCAGACGCGUUAGUCAGAUCUCACAUGAAUCCGACGGAUCUUCCAUAUCAGAGCAUGAGCAGCUGAACGCCACCAUGCGAGCUUCUUCGGCAGAAAAUGGUGCUCAGUGGGCUCAUGUCCCUCUUCAUACUGCAGCAAACUUCUUCGACCUCCUCGAUCCAAAGUUGGCGCAGCUUGAUGCUAUCCAACAUGUGGAAGAAAAGCGUCUGGAAUCGCAGAUCGUGGCACUUGGAACGGCUGUCACAACACUUACCGAGCCGGCGGCAUUGAAAAAGGGCAGAUACAAGGCUCGAUCAGAUGUCACAAUCUGGCGUCAAAUUCUCGCUUUGUAUGUGCAACACGCCAUAUUCUUCUCACCUUACGAGAGAGACCGCGGGUCUCGUAGCUUUGAUCAAGCAAAGUCGCAUCUAGAGCUCUUCUCUAAAGAUUUGGUCGAUCAAGGUCUUGUCAAGAAGUUCAGGGAAAAGACGAGCAGGAACGCCUUCGAUCAUUUCGUCACCAUCAACCUCGACAUCCUGAAGGCUAUGCGCUUCCAGGAGCUCAACAUGGAAGCCGUACGCAAGAUUCUCAAAAAGUUUGAUAAGCGCACUGCAUUGGGAGCCACAAAGGCUUAUCAGAGCCACGCGAAUAGUGGACCUUUUGCAAAAUCAGUCGCAACAGAGAUGUGUGCUGCCAUGUCUCAACAAGUGGUCAUCAUUGUACCACAGGUUGAUGACUACAGCUGUCCUGUCUGUUGUGAUGUUGCCUGGCGACCGAUCCGACUCGAAUGCUGCAACACGGUCUUCUGCAUUCGCUGCAUGAUUGAACUGCAAAAGUCGGCUUCGAACUGUCCCAUGUGUCGAUCAACUUCCGUCAUUACUGCCGACUCUGGUUCUAUCGAUCAACAGCGUGCCGAAUAUCUGGUCAAAUACUUUGCGACAGAAGUCAAGGAAAAGCAGAAAGCAAAUGAGCUUGCUGUGGCCAUCGACAAGUACGGCCCGGACUUCAAGAAGGGACCUUGUUGUAUGAUGUGAGCAGCAACCACCUACGCAGCCACUUCAUACAACAUAGCGCCUCGAUUCACUCAAGUUUGCAAUUUGUAUUUACAGAAAACACAUGCAGAGUGUCUGUGGUGGUUGUCAUGCAUAUGACCACGGAGAUGUGCGAAAGACCGUCAACGCGACCCCGCGAUUGCGUCAUCUGUACGACUUAUAUGACAUCGCUAUUAUAAAUGCUCCUUCUCUCGACAACGACAAUUUAAAUGCUAAGACGUCUUUUACGAACCACGCAAAGAUACCGAAUCACCAUCUAGUAUCGAGAAUGUCGACCAAGGCUCACCCCGAUGCGGAUCUAUUUCCGCAUGCCACUGGGCUUGCCCAGAAGACUGUUGAAGACCACCAAGCAGAACAACCUCUGAAGU